AUGAACAGCCUCUUUGCUGAACUCGAGGCUCAGACCAGAGUUAUCACUAUGAGAAUCUUCACGUACUUUCUGCUCUCUGUCCUCUGCCCCAGUGAGGUCAGGAAGGAGGUCCAAGGAGACACCAGAGAGGUCAGGAAGGAGGUCCAAGGAGACACCAGGGAAGUCAGAAAAGAGGUCCAAGGAGACACCAGAGAGGUCAGGAAGGAGGUCCAAGGAGACACCAGAGAGGUCAGGGUCAGGAAGGAGGUCCAAGGAGACACCAGAGAGGUCAGGAAGGAAGUCCAAGGAGACACCAGAGAGGGCUCUCUGGUGGCUGCUCGUGUGUUCAUGGCCACGUCUCUGAGGAAGCAGGCGUCCAAACACACCGGAGCACACACACGUCGUCUACACCGGGUGUGUUGGUUGUUUGGUGAUGUGGUGUUUUUUGUUUGUUUGUGGGGGGGGGGGUAA